AUGCUCGUGGGCUUAGGCUUGGUCAAGUGGGACGGUUAUAGUGUAGUUACUGUAUGUUUGCUACUAUUAGACCCAGUGGUUCCAGCUAUUGGAGAAUCUAUUAAUGCUCCCGAAAAGGUAGUUGGAUUUAUAAUAUCUGGGGAAGAGAAUCAUGCAUGUACUCAAGAGGUUGGCAAUAUUUCAGAAUGCCACUCUUCAGAACAGGGGAAUUCGGGUUUCCCUGUAGGUAAUUUUGUCUCAGUUGGGUCAUUUCCUGAGAGACCUAAAAUGGCAGGAUCCCUCCAGGCUGACCAUUUGGCUUCAGGCUCUACUGGACUUCAGGGUAAUGGGACUCAGAUAACUGCCAGGAAGAAUCAGGCCGUGAAUGCUAAUCACCUACUGAAUUUCCAGUAUGAUCCUAUUUCUCGGCCACAGCCCAGAGGCCCUAGAACAUAUCCUCCCAGAAGACAAAGGAAGAUCAAACCUUACAACAAAGAUCUGUUCCUCCAAGCAAACUAUAAGUUUGUUGUGUUGGAUACUGGGAAUUACCAGAUUGAAUCAAUGGAUCCUGAUAAGAUGCUUCAGUGGGAAGAUAUUAUCUGUGUAAGAUACUAUAGCCCUUCUGAGAAUUUCAGUGCUGGUGAUGUUGCCACAUUUACACUCCUGAGCCGGUCAAGAAAUUCGCUCACUCCUUCCAUUAAAAUCUCCUCCAGUGAAAAUUCUACAGUAGAUGAAGAUCCAUAUAAUGUUUUCUCAAAGUUUAUUUUGACAUUUGACGUGGAGUUGUCUGUUCGAGUGGCAAAGUUGGAUCUUAGUAAUUGGUUGCAUAUGGCUGACUUAGGCCUUGUUGAUGACUUGGAGAAACUUCCAUAUGUUUCUGCUGCUUUAGAGCAACUGGAAGAAAAGAUGAAAUAUUGGAUUGAGUACAGAAAUUAUGGUGGUAGCCCCCCAUCAAAAGAUAUCUUCUCUCCUGGAUCUAGUUUCAAGUCUAGGAACUCUUUUGAUGUGAAUACUUCUCACCAGAUCAGUGGGCACACGAUCUCCUCUGUUUCAGAUAGAGAUAUGGUCAGUGGUAUUUCAGAACUCUCCAUGUCUCCUGAGUUGAGUAAAAGCUCUGGUAAAGGAACAAUGUCUAAACUAAAUGAGAAAUGUACCACCACCGUUGAUUCAAAUGAACAUGACCCAUACACAUUUUACCAGGUGUCAGAUGGCCAACACCUAAUUCUUCAUCCACUGAACAUGAGAUGUCUUCUAAACCAUUUCGGAGGUUCUGAUAUGCUUCCACCUAGAAUAACUGCAAAAAUAUUGGAGCUGGAAACUGUAACACAAUCUGAGGCUAUAAGGAAGCGCUAUCGGUUUUUGUGUCACUUCUCAUUAACAACUACAUUCCAGUUCUGUGAAAUUGACCUGAGCGAUAUAGUAUCUCCUAGCUCAUUGGCUCCAUUCUUGGAUGAAAUCAAGAAGCGUGAGAAACAAAGAAAACGAGCCGCCAAGAAGGAAGAAAGUGAGAGAGCGAAGGCGGAAGUUGCUGCUGCUGUGCAGGCAUCAGCUAUGCGGUUUGAGUAUACAAAUUUCUCUCAGAGUCACAACGAUGUCAUGUUCUCUCUGGAUGACUUCGAAGCUCUGGGAAACAAUGCUGGGCCAUCCACCAGUCCACCAGUCGGUGAAAGGAAGCUUUUCUCUGACGUAACACGCCUGGGUUUUGCAUCUGCUCAAGACUCACCUCCCCUAAGACUCGGAACUGGGGAUGCAAAUGGCCAAAGUGAAAACUCGAGAGACAAAGGGCCGUCCGCAUUAUCAUUUGCCAGCAUCAUAUCUUCCAGUAGAGCUGUAGCUGCAGCUGACAACUCGGAGAUGCAGAAAGCAAAUGCCGCCGGGAAGAAGGCCUUAGAUGGACACUAUGACGAGAAGAGGAAAUCCAUUGUGGAAUACUCAGAGGAUGAAAAGAAAGCCAAGAUCGCGUCUCUGAAAAAGAAGGCUAUGAGCGCCUCACAGAAGUUUAGGCAUUCCAUGAAGAGGGGGAGGAAGAGCAGCAAGGUCAUGUCCAUCUCAAUUUUGGAUGACCGUGAACCUGAGGAGGUGCAGGCUGUGGAUGCCUUCCGCCAGCUUCUUGUACUUGAAGAGCUCCUACCAUCACAGCAUGAUGACUACCACAUGAUGCUAAGAUUUCUGAAGGCAAGGAAGUUUGAUAUCGAGAAGGCAAAGCAAAUGUGGUCUGAUAUGCUCAAGUGGAGAAAGGAGUUUGGUGCAGAUACCAUUCUCGAGGAAUUCGAAUUCAAAGAAGCUGAUAAGGUGGCAGAAUGCUACCCUCAAGGUUACCAUGGGGUUGAUAAGGAAGGCAGGCCUGUCUACAUUGAACGGCUUGGACAAAUCGAUGUGAAUAGGCUAAUGCAGGUCACUACAAUGGAUCGCUUUGUCAAGAACCAUGUCAAGGAGUUCGAGAAGAACUUUGCUAUCAAGUUCCCAGCUUGCUCAAUCGCUGCGAAGCGCCAUAUUGAUCAGAGCACAACAAUUCUUGAUGUGCAAGGAGUGGGGAUGAAGCAAUUCAGCAAAGCUGCAAGGGACCUCAUUGGUAUGCUUCAGAAGAUUGAUGGUGACAACUACCCAGAGACCCUGUGCCGGAUGUUCAUCAUUAAUGCAGGCCAGGGAUUCCGGCUUCUAUGGGGCACAGUGAAGAGCUUUCUUGACCCAAAGACCACUGCAAAGAUUCAUGUUCUGGGUAACAAGUAUCAGAGCAAGCUUCUUGAGGUGAUUGAUGCUAGUGAGUUGCCAGAAAUUUUUGGUGGAACUUGCCAGUGUGAAGGCGGUUGCAUGAAGGCUGACAAAGGCCCUUGGAAGGAUCCCGAAAUCAUGAAGAUGGUUCAAAGUGGUGCUGGGAGGUGUGGAUCACACAGUAUGUCCUCUCUUGAGGCUGAGGAGAAAAUGAUUUGUGAAGAUGACAUGUAUCCUAAGAAACAAGCUUUAUUCGAUGGGGAAACACAAUUAGUUGGAGAUGGUCAGCGUUCUCAGUCACAGAAAAUUUCCCGCAGCCGAAUUGAACAUCCUCAGUUGUCACCUGUUCACAAGGAACUUAUCCCCAUUUCACAUCCUACCCCUGGAUCACCCUAUUCUUGUGAUGUCCCAAUGGUUGAAAAGGCCAUAGACGCUAUCUGCAAGAGCCAGGGAACACCACCAAAUGAGAAGCUUGCCAUCACCAAAGCUAUUAUAAAUGCCUCUGAUAGAUCCAAGCCCCCACUCUAUGCUGGCAUCAUAGCACUUGUGAUGAACAUUGCAGCGAUGGUCCGUGUGACCCGCAACAUGCCUGGGAAGGUACUUGGCGCUGCCAUAGGUGGAGCUAAGCCUGCUACCCUCUCAGAAAGUAAAUCAAAAAUACAAGAGCGGCAGCGAUCCAAGCUAUCAGAAGAGGCUGUGAAGGAAGCUGAAGAUGCCGUCUCCGCAAAGCGCCUCGCCGAGCUUGAGGAGAAGGUCAUUGCACUCCUGACAAAACCUGCAUCAAUGCCUGUUGAUAAGGAGGAGAUUCUGCAGGCUGCUGUCAUCCGCAUUAGUGCACUGGAAGAGGAGCUUGCAGCUACAAAGAAGACCUUGCAGGAGACUCUUGAGCGUCAAAUGGAGAUCGUUGCGUACAUUGAGAAGAAAAAGAAGAAAAUCAAGUUCCAUGAUUUUACUGGAAUUGAUAUGCAAAUCAAUCUGGAUUGA